AGCCUCAUCUCUCCCAUAACAAGGGAGUUCGAAACUGACAACCAAACACCACACAGUCACAGAUAGACAGAUAGCCGGAGAGAGAGAGAGAGAGAGAGAGAGAGAGUUGAGCAAUGUCCACUGCAACCAUACCUCCAACAGCUCUUUCCUCUGCUUUCAAACAAGUCUGUGCACGAAGAUUCAGCUUGUUUACGGGAACUUCGAACCAUCUUAAAUGCCGGGGACGCUGGAGAAAUCUCACGGUGAAGAUGUCUGCGGUAUCAGACCCACUUGAAGUCUGCGUCAAAGCUUCAAUUACCACCCCUGGAAGGCUCGGAGACUGUCCAUUCUCACAAAGAGUUUUGCUAACUCUUGAGGAAAAGCAUCUUCUCUAUGACAUGAAGUUGGUAGAUUUGGCUAACAAGCCAGAAUGGUUUUUGGAAGUCAGUCCAGAAGGUAAAGUUCCUAUAAUCAAACUUGAUCAGAAGUGGGUCACAGAUUCAGAUGUUAUCACCCAAUCAUUGGAAGAGAAAUUUCCUGAACCACCUUUGGGAAGUCCACCUGAGAAGUCUUCCGUGGGAUCAAAGAUAUUUUCCAUUUUUAUCGGUUUCCUUAAAAGCAAAGAUCCCAGUGAUGGAACAGAGCAAGCAUUGCUUAGCGAGCUAACUUCCUUUAAUGAGUAUAUCAAAGAAAAUGGUCCGUUUAUCAAUGGCAAAGAAAUCUCUGCAGUCGACUUGUCCCUUGGACCAAAGCUUUACCAUUUAGAGAUUGCUUUGGGACACUAUAAGAAUUGGUCAGUUCCAGAUUCACUACCAUACUUGAAGUCUUAUAUGAAGACAAUUUUCUCUAUGGACUCUUUCGUGAAGACCCGGGCUUUGCCAGAGGAUGUAAUUGCUGGAUGGCGUCCAAAAGUCAUGGGUUAAACCACUCAGCUGAUUUUUCAAGCAAAGGAUUAGGGACUUAUUUAACCUGAGACAUCCAAAAAAUGAUACUGUCUACACUCUCGCCAAACCGGCAUGUAGUUCAACAUAGAGGUUGUAAUCAGAUUCUUCAGGCAUAUUGAUUUUUUAUCCAUUUGUCCACAGAAUUGCAGACCGACACUACAUUUUUAUCCAUGUCAUUUAAUGUAAACUGUUUUCUUAGGCAACAUACCUUAAAUGGUAAGCACUGGCCUUGUUAUGGAAUAAGAUGUACUCCAUCUUUCAUGUAUUGAGAUUUGGCAGAUUUUUGUUUCACAUUUAAAUAUACAUUUCAGGACAGGUGAGCCUUUAACAGACA